GAAAUGCGGCUGCUAAAACCUCGAACGGGGUACCCGGAGAUCCAAAAUCCUUUGUUAUUAAGCAUGGACAAGUCGGAUACUCAAUCACCCAGCUCGUUCGGGAUAUGCGAAAAGUAAUGGAGCCAAACACAGCUUCCAGGCUACGGGAAAGAGGGAGGAAUAAACUAAAAGAUUAUAUUGUGCUUGGACCAACCUUGCAAGUGACACACAUCCUUGCAUUCUCCUUGACUCCAAAAUCUCCUACAUUGCGGAUAGUCCGUCUACCAAGUGGCCCAAGUCUCAGUUUUCGAAUAGAGAGGUAUUCUCUCGUAAAGGAUGUUUUAAAUUCAAAGAAACGAAAACGAAGCAAGGGCCUGGAGUAUCUUACACCACCUCUGCUCGUAUUGGCCGCUUUUCCUCCAGCAGGUGGCUCCGCCUCACCUCAUUUAAGCCUCUUGGUUAAAUCUUUCCAGUCGAUCUUUCCUUCACUGUCACCUCAAACUAUCUCACUCUCUUCUGCUAGACGAGUGGUCCUCGUUCAUUAUAAUGAAGAUAGAGAUAGUAUCGACUUUCGGCAUUAUCUGAUUACCGUUCGUGCUCAAGGAGUCUCUCGCCGCGUACGAAAACUACUAGAAGGUGCCACAACCAGAGGAGGAUCGGUCUUGGACUUGGGGAAUGAGAAAGACGUGGCGGACUAUAUUCUACGACAAGCGGGACAAGAUGGCUACGAAACAGCUUCAAGCUAUGCCAGCGAUGCUGGAGAGGAUGGUGGUGACAACAAGAUUGAACUUCCGUCAAACUAUGUAGGAAGGAAUAAUAGGAAAGGGGAGCAAAGGGUGGUCAGUUUGGAAGAGAUUGGUCCUAGGAUGGAGUUGAAGCUGCUAAAGAUUACAGAAGGGAUGCCUGGAAAGGAGGGUUCUGUAAUAUGGCAUCGAUUCGUCAAAAAGUCUGCCUCAGAGAUCAAGGCACAAAAACUGGAGCACGCCGAGAGAAGUCGGUUACGAGAGCAGCGUAGAAGAGAACAAGAAGAAAAUGUUGCUAGAAAAAGACAGGAUGGACAGGUGCCUAAAGAUGGUGAGAAGGAAGAUCCCAGUGACGAGGAGAUGGAUGAAGGCGAAGUGGAGUCCGGCAAUGAAGAAGACGAAGGAGAAUGGGAUGAUGAAGAGGAUAUCAGUGAAGAUGAGUCGGAGGAUGAUUUGGAGUCGCGAUCAAAUGAGAGUGACGACGACAUCGUCCCGACCAAAAAAGGCAAAAGAUAA